AUGAAAAAAAUAAAACUAAAUAUCACACGGGAAGAGGACAACUUGCAGACUAACAUAUACUACGUGUGCGAGAAAAAUAUAUUAAUCUCACAGCUCAAUCUUACCAUAAACUAUGAAGAAAAUAAUGUGGAAGAAGACGAAAUUGUUGAGCAGAGUAAUGACACACUCAAUAAACACGCGACGGAUAAAACGGUAAAAAAGCAGAAAGGGAUUAACAUAAAGAUAUCCUACAGCGAUGAGCUAAAUAACCUAUACCUAAACAAUGUGAUAAAUAAUUUAUACGAUUAUAUUUUUGAAGAUAAAGUGAAUAGUUUUAACAUAUAUAAGAAUGACCGCUGGCAGAUUUUUAUAAAUAUUUACAUAUAUGAGUACACGCCAUUUAUUUAUGACCAUAUCUGCAAUGUGAUUAAUGUGCACCUGUCUCUUUUGCUAAUCCCUUUUUGCUUCUACGACUUUGAUGAGAAGUGGUACAGGUGUGUUCAGAAUUAUGAGGAGUUGGGGCGGCUACUAUCAGGGGGAAGCUCCCUCCAUGACGCUGAGGAGAAGGGAGGAGAAGAUUCCACAGACAUCAUAAUCCUAGAUAGAAACGAACAAAAUAAGAAAAUAAUAAUAAACCAACUGGAAAACAACAACUUUAAUUUGUUCGUUGAGAAGAAAAAAGGGGAGACCGCAGAAGGUCUGUUCAAAAGAGUACUCAUAAAGUACAUCCCAAUUUUGCGAACAGCAAAUGUGGAUGACCAACUUGUGUAUGUAAUUAAAUUUGUGCACUAUGAAGACUUCCUGUUACGAACACAAAACGUAGACGAUAAUAUUUACAAUAAUAUUUUUGAUAAACAUUCCUUUUGGAAUUUUACAAAAAAGACAUCAUUUGAUAAACUGCCCUGUGGAAAUGACGCCGACAAAUUUAAUCCACAUGAAAAUUUUUACAUCCUCUUUAAUGCGAAUACUGCGACUAUUGACGAAGGGAGCAUUUUGGAAAACUCCAGAGAAACCAUCCAGUUUUAUUACGAUUUUAUAAUCAAUUAUUGCACAAAUUAUUUUGCUGCACAUUUUGUGAAGUGA